AUGAGUCUUUUAAAUGAGGAUGAGCGAUCCAGAACCGCCGAGACUAGCGGGCUUUUGCCUGACGACUCUCUGGCGUCAAGGUUGUCUGGCGCUCAUGACAGGCCUGACUCCCCAGACGGGGCUUUGAGGGAAGGCGUUGCUGGAUUGGCUGGAAAUCAUGAUGAUGAUGAUGAGGGAUCCGAGUAUGAGCUCAUGAAUGACCCCAAUCUCCCAGACGAAGAUGAGGAUCUUGGGUCAGAUGUGGAGGAGGGUUUGCUGAGCGGUGCGGUCAAGAACCGGGGCGAGGAGGAGGAAAACUCGCCAUACCCCGAAGUCCGGGCCGCAGUCAAGAAUUAUGACGAGGAAAUGCCUUGCAACACGGUCCGGGCCUGGUCAAUUGGCAUGUUCCUGGUCAUUUUCGGCGCUUCCAUGAACACCCUAUUUUCUCUGCGGCGGCCCUCUAUUUCGAUCGGCCCCCUGAUCGCCCAAAUCGUCGCUUGGCCUCUGGGCCAUGGAUGGGCCAAAUAUUUCCCCAAUGUGAAGAUCCCCCUGGGCAAGACAACGUGCAUCGAGCUCAAUCCAGGGCCAUUCAAUGUCAAGGAACACGCCAUUAUUGUCGUCAUGGCCAGUGUGUCGUUUUCUGUUGCAUAUGCGACCGAUAUCAUUCUCGCACAGGUCCACUUCUACAAGCAGGAUUUCGGCCUGAUUUUCCAGCUGAUUCUCACGAUAUCUACUCAAUCUUUGGGCUAUGGUAUCGCUGGAAUGUUGAGGAAAUUCCUUGUCUACCCGUCUUCCAUGAUCUGGCCAGGAAACCUGGUCGGAGUUACUCUUCUUAAUGCCAUGCAUGAGGUGAAUGAGAAGCCAGACCCCACGGUUAUUGGAGGCAAAAUGCCCCGAUUCCGAUGGUUUGGCCUUAUGGUUUUGUGCUCCGCCGUCUACUAUUUCAUCCCUGGUUUCCUCGCCAAGUUUCUCAGUGUGUUCGCCGUUGCUACGUGGAUGGCACCCAACAAUGUGAUGGUAAACCAGCUCUUUGGUGGGCACUCCGGAUUGUCGCUGAUUCCCAUCACUUUCGACUGGAGUCAAAUUGCUGGCUACCAUGGCUCUCCUCUUAUCCCCCCGUGGCAUGCGAUUGCAAACACGCUGAUUGGCGUCGUCGUCUUUUACUGUUUCGGUGCUGCUUUCCUACACUUCAAUGGGGCAUGGUAUGGCAAGUAUCUGCCAAUGAGCGAUUCCACCACUUACGACAACACGGGUCAUGCCUACAACACCACUCGAAUUCUGACUCCUCAAUUCACCCUCAACGAAACGGAGUAUGAGAAGUACUCCCCAUUGUUCAUCAGCACCACGUUUGCCUUGUCAUACGGACUGUCAUUCGCUGCCAUCUCAUCUCUCAUUGUCUACACCAUCCUCCACAAUGGCAAGAGGAUCAUGUCGCAGUACAAGAGCAGCUCGAGUGAAAAGCCCGAUAUUCACAUGAAGCUUAUGCGCAAGUACAAGGAGGCCCCUACCUGGUGGUACAUGUCUCUUUUUGUUCUUAUGCUUGGUCUGGGAUUCUUCGCCGUGCUCGCGUAUCCGACCAAUCUCACCUGGUGGGCUUUCCUGCUCGCCGUGGUUAUUUCCUUCACAUUUGCUCUGCCAAUUGGCAUCAUCGAGGCCAUCACAAAUAAACGCAUUGGCCUCAAUGUUUUGACCGAAUUUAUCUACGGUUACAUCCAGCCUGGCAGGCCCCUUGCCCUAAUGAUCUUUAAGACUUUUGGAUAUAUCACAAUGUCUCAGAGUCUCCAUUUUAUUUCAGACCUCAAGUUCGGGCACUACAUGAAGAUCCCUCCCAGAACUAUGUUCAUGUGUCAGGUCGUAGCUACUACGUUCAGCUGUUUCAUCCAGAUCACAGUCCUCAAUUUCGCUCUUCACCACAUUGAGGAUGUCUGCGAAAUCCACCAGGCCAACAACUUUACCUGCCCCGGUGGGCGAGUGUUCUUCGCCGCCUCCGUGAUCUGGGGUCUGAUCGGCCCUGACCGCAUGUUCUCACCGGGCCGCAUCUACUCAGGCCUUUUCGUAUUUUUCAUCAUGGGGGCUAUAUUGCCCGUGAUUAUCUACUUUUCGAUAAAGAAGUGGCCCAAGUCGUGGGUCAGGUUUCUGAUGGCACCGCUGAUCUUUGGAGGUGCAGGCGCCAUCCCACCAGCGACGCCUCUCAAUUACCUCUCUUGGGGCAUUGUUGGAUUUAUCUUCCAGUUUUGGAUUAAGAAGAGACAUUUUGGCUGGUGGAGCCGGCUGAACUUCCUCACUUCGUCCGGCCUAGACCUGGGUCUCGCAUUAGCGACUAUGGUGAUCUUCUUCGCGUUCACACUGAACCACAUCAAGCCGCCAAAUUGGUGGGGAAACAAUGUUGUCACAGGCACCCUGGACUUCAAGCGCACGGCCAUCCAAGAGCAUGUCAAGCCGGGCGAAAUUUUUGGCCCUACUAAAUGGGCAUGA